UGCAAAUUUUUCCUUUCUCUAUUUCCUUUCCAUUGUCGUCGUCUUAGCCUCCUUCUCUUCCAGCUCUAUGACAGAGAGGGUUUGUCAGUUCCAGUAAUCUUGACUCUAGGGUUUCAAUUUCUAUCUCGUUGUCCCGCUCGCUCUCUCAUUAGGUUUUGAGGACUCUGCUUAGUAUAACGUGGAGGAGGAAGAGGAGGCGGCAUGGGAGGGGAAAACGGCUUAAGCCUUGAAGGAAUCAAGAAUGAGACUGUUGAUCUGGAGAAAAUUCCCAUCGAGGAGGUCUUCGAGCAGCUGAAAUGUACCAAAGAAGGCCUUUCUUCAGACGAAGGAGCCAACAGACUCCAGAUCUUCGGUCCCAACAAGCUCGAGGAGAAAAAGGAGAGCAAAUUUCUCAAGUUUCUUGGUUUCAUGUGGAAUCCUCUCUCUUGGGUGAUGGAGACAGCAGCCAUCAUCGCUAUUGCAGCCAGGGGGAAGGAUCCAGAUUGGCAGGACUUUAUUGGAAUUGUCGCCCUCCUUGUGAUUAACUCCACCAUUUCUUUCAUCGAAGAGAACAACGCCGGUAAUGCCGCUGCAGCCCUCAUGGCUCAGCUUGCUCCCAAAACUAAGGUGCUCAGGGAUGGCCGAUGGUCCGAGGAAGAUGCUUCCAUACUUGUACCAGGGGACAUCGUUAGCAUCAAACUGGGAGACAUCAUCCCUGCUGAUGCCCGCCUCCUUGAGGGUGAUCCCCUCAAGAUCGAUCAAUCUGCUCUCACUGGUGAAUCUCUUCCUGUCACAAAGAACCCUGGUGAUGAGGUCUUUUCUGGUUCAACCUGUAAGCAGGGAGAGAUUGAGGCAGUUGUCAUUGCCACUGGUGUCCACACAUUCUUUGGCAAGGCUGCCCAUCUUGUUGAUAGCACCAACCAGGUUGGCCACUUCCAGAAGGUUCUUACUUCUAUUGGAAACUUCUGCAUCUGCUCAAUUGCCACUGGAAUGAUCGUGGAGAUCAUAGUCAUGUACCCAAUUCAGCACCGCAAGUAUCGCAGUGGCAUUGACAACCUGCUUGUUCUUUUGAUCGGUGGAAUUCCGAUUGCCAUGCCCACAGUGCUUUCUGUUACCAUGGCUAUUGGGUCUCAUCGCCUAUCUCAGCAGGGGGCAAUUACAAAGAGGAUGACUGCCAUUGAGGAGAUGGCUGGAAUGGAUGUUCUGUGCAGUGAUAAAACUGGAACAUUGACUCUUAACAAGUUGAGCAUUGAUAAGAAUCUUGUUGAGGUUUUUGCCAAGGGAGUUAGCAAGGAGGAUGUUAUUCUUUAUUCUGCAAGGGCUUCAAGGACUGAGAACCAGGAUGCCAUUGACGCAGCCAUGGUGGGGAUGCUUGCAGAUCCUAAAGAGGCAAGAGCAGGCAUCACAGAGGUCCAUUUCCUUCCAUUCAAUCCUGUGGACAAGAGGACUGCUUUGACCUACUACGAUGCUCAUGGACGCUGGUACCGUGUAAGCAAAGGUGCCCCCGAGCAGAUUUUGACCCUCAGCAAUGCUAGAGAAGAUACUAAGAACAAAGUUCAUAAUAUAAUUGAGAAAUUUGCUGAGCGUGGCCUUCGAUCUCUUGCUGUGGCUAUCCAGGAUGUUCCAGAGAAGAGUAAGGAAAGUGCAGGAGGGCCGUGGCAGUUUGUUGGCCUACUGCCACUCUUUGAUCCCCCAAGGCAUGACAGUGCCGAAACCAUCCGCAGAGCUCUCAAUCUGGGUGUUAAUGUUAAAAUGAUUACUGGGGACCAGCUUGCUAUUGCUAAGGAAACUGGCCGAAGGCUUGGAAUGGGAACUAACAUGUACCCCUCUUCUGCUUUGUUGGGACAGAAUAAGGACCCAGCUAUUAAUGCCCUUCCUGUGGAUGAACUAAUUGAGAAGGCUGACGGGUUUGCUGGAGUGUUCCCAGAGCACAAAUAUGAAAUCGUGAAGAAGCUUCAGGCGAGAAAACACAUUUGUGGAAUGACUGGAGAUGGUGUCAAUGACGCACCUGCACUGAAGAAGGCUGAUAUUGGAAUUGCUGUUGCUGAUGCUACUGAUGCUGCCAGAGGUGCCUCUGAUAUUGUUCUCACAGAGCCAGGGCUCAGUGUCAUCAUCAGUGCUGUUCUAACAAGCAGGGCCAUCUUCCAAAGGAUGAAAAACUAUACGAUUUAUGCAGUUUCCAUCACCAUCCGUAUUGUGCUUGGUUUUCUACUUAUUGCUCUUAUUUGGAAAUUCGAUUUUUCACCUUUCAUGGUUUUGAUUAUUGCCAUCCUAAAUGAUGGUACAAUUAUGACAAUCUCGAAAGAUAGAGUGAAGCCAUCUCCACUGCCAGACAGCUGGAAGCUCAAAGAAAUCUUUGCAACCGGGAUUGUCCUUGGUAGUUAUUUAGCUGUGAUGACUGUCAUCUUCUUUUGGGCUAUGAAGGAAACAGACUUCUUCUCGGAUAAAUUUGGUGUUCGAUCGCUGAGGUACAGCACUGAUGAGAUGAUGGCUGCACUUUAUCUCCAAGUCAGCAUUGUGAGCCAGGCACUCAUAUUUGUCACUCGCUCUCGAAGCUGGUGCUUUGUUGAGCGCCCAGGACUUCUGCUUAUGGGCGCAUUCGCCAUUGCUCAACUUGUUGCCACUUUUAUAGCUGUCUACGCAAACUGGGGAUUUGCCAAAAUCAAAGGUUGUGGCUGGGGCUGGGCUGGUGUCAUCUGGCUCUACAACAUAAUCUUCUUCUUUCCUCUAGAUCUGUGGAAGUUUGCCGUCCGCUACAUUCUAAGUGGAAAAGCAUGGGAUAACCUUCUUGAGAAUAGGACCGCCUUCACUACAAAGAAGGAUUAUGGAAGAGAGGAGAGGGAGGCACAAUGGGCCACGGCGCAGAGAACUCUCCAUGGCCUGCAACCUGCCGAGACUACAUCGCUCUUUAAUGAUAAGAACAGCUACCGCGAGCUAUCCGAGAUUGCCGAGCAGGCCAAACGCCGCGCUGAGGUUGCGAGGCUGCGUGAGUUGCACACCCUGAAAGGCCACGUCGAGUCUGUAGUGAAGCUUAAGGGUCUCGACAUCGACACCAUUAAUCAGCAUUAUACAGUAUGAUCUGUGUUUUUAGGAAAGAUUUUGGAUCUGGAAAGAAUUUACAGAAGGGAGGCAUGUCCCUCUUUAUAAGUAACUCCAGAGCAGUGCACCAUAGUCACUGAAUGCUUUAGCUUUGAUGGGAACAGCUUAGUUCUUCUCUUCUAUUUUUUGUUUUUUUUUUUCAAAGUGUCUCUCUUUUGAACUCUUUCUUUGUUCUUAAUAGAGCUAAGGAGACCAGUUUAUAUUUUCCUUUUUCUUCUGCUGCAACCAGUUUGAACGGAUGUAAGUUUGGCUUAAUGCAAAUAUCAGCUUUCUUAUCGUUACCCCCCUUUA